GCCCGAGCGCCGCCAUGGUGAAGAUCGCCUUCCAGUCGCCCUUCGCCCACAAGGACGAGCCCAAGAAGGAGGCGGCCGAGGCCUUGGUGGCCGACAAGGAUCCAGAAGUUGCAACUCACAGACAUGAAAGCUCAUCUGGAAGAUGUCUGUUGACCCUUCUGGGUGUUGCAUUCAUCUUGGCAGGAGUGGUGGUUGGCGGAGCCUGCAUCUACAAGUACUUCAUGCCAAGGCAUAAAGUGUUCCAUGGACAAAUAUGUUAUGUAGGAGAGGACAAUCCAGACAAUGCUGCAGAGCCGUACUUCCUACCCAUUUCUGAAGUUGCUGAUAUCCGGGAGGAUGAUAACAUAGCAAUCAUCGAUGUUCCAGUUCCAGACUUCUCCGACAGUGAUCCUGCAGCUAUCGUUCAUGAUUUUGACAGGCUUCUGACAGCCUACCUUGACCUGCAGCUGGGUAACUGCUAUGUGAUUCCUCUGAAUACUUCCAUCGUGAUGCCACCACGGAACCUGAUAGACCUCUUCGCAAAAUUAGCAACUGGUUCCUAUCUGCCUCAAACAUAUCUUAUUCGUGAAGAAAUGGUUGUGACAGAAGAGAUUGAUAAUGUGUCGGAUCUGGGCAUUUUCAUUUAUCAGCUCUGUGCAGGGAAGGAAACUUUCAGACUUCAGCGCAGAGAUCGGAUCAUGGGUCUCCAGAAACGCUCUGCUGAAAAAUGCCACUCAAUCCGGCAUUUUGAAAAUGCGUUUGUUGUGGAAACCAAGAUUUGUCAGCAGUGAAAAAUACAGGCUGGAGAGUGAUGAUCUCGCAUCUUCACCAGGAAGUCCAAGCUUUACAUUUUAAACUUCAGAAUUAAAGAAGUGCAGUGAUAAUCAAAAGCCUUAUGCUUUUUUUGUGUAUUGCUUAGAUUUAAGAAAAGAGAAAAUAUAAGCACGCUCCAAAGUCGUCAUGGUUUUUUGUUUUG